AUGACGUCGAAACAGCUAGUUUCUCACCUUCCUCCACUUCCUUCACUCCGAGAAAUUUUAAAACUCUACGGCCUCCAAGCCAGCAAACAACUCUCCCAAAAUUUUCUUCUCAAUUUGCAUGUUACAGAUAAAAUAGUAAAAGCGUGUGGUGAUAUUUCAAAAAAAACCGUUGUGGAAAUUGGACCUGGUCCUGGAAGUUUAACCCGAUCCAUUUUACAAGCAAAUCCGAAACGAUUAAUUGUGGUGGAAAAAGAUGAUCGAUUUAUGCCUGCUUUACAAAAUCUUCAACAAUCAGUAGAGGAUAACAAAAUGCAUAUUGUACAAGGAGAUAUAUUAAAAGUAGACCAAUACAAAUUAAUGGAUCACUUUUUAGAACCUGAAGAAAAGAGUGUAAAUCAUGAAGAAAUUGCAAAUACUGUAUUUAUCGGAAAUUUACCUUUCGGAAUUGCUACACCUUUAUUAAUUAACUGGUUAAGAGAUUGUGCAAAUUGUACAGGAGCGUUUGCUUUCGGAAGGAGAAUACCAAUGAUUUUAAUGUUUCAGAAGGAAGUAGGAAUGAGAAUGGGUGCUAAACCUUCCACAAAGGAAUUUGGUCGCAUCAGCGUCUCUUCACAGAGUGUGUGUGAUGUUGAACACAUGUUCGUUGUGAAAGCAAAGAGUUUCGUACCUGCUCCAGAUGUCGAUGCAAGCGUCAUGCGUUUAAUUCCAAGAACAACACCUCUCAUUGACACUUCACUUGUACAAUUCGAAGACCUAGAACAAUUUUGUAGGAUUAUUUUCAGUAGCAAGAGAAAACAACUUUCCACAAAUCUGGGAAUGCAUUUCACACCCAAACAAUCUGCUUAUAUUGCUGCUGGUGCCGUUGAGGGUGGAUCUAAAAACAUGGAAGCUGUGCAAGCAGCUCUCUCUAAACGCUCGCAAGAUUUUACGGUUGAAGAAAUCUCUAACAUGGCCAGAAGAUUCAAACGUCUAGUUGAGAGCGAUCCAAAUCUUAAGGAUGCUCUUCGAAGGGUGUAG